GGCCGCGAUUUGGUCGGUGAAUGACAAUGGCAACGUGUUUUUGCAAGAUGGUGCAAUUUCACCGCUACCAAAACCCUAUUUACCAACACUACCUCCCACAAAGACAAAGGGAUGUCUUAUAGCAGGUUUGUUCACCAGGCUCCUUUAAUGGCUUUAUCUGGUACAACAUAUGACAAAAAACCUCCUCCAAAGGCACCUUCUAUCCCAAAAGGUCAAAAACGUGUAUUGGUGGGUUUGACAAACCGCUGGAGACUCCCAGAGAAUGUAUCCUUUGAUCUGCUUGGCUCAUCUCAAGCAUUGAAGUCUGUUACUUCUCCAUACAACGAAACUGUUCUAUCUAUAGUUCCAGGUAGGAUUUAUAAAGUGAAAGCUAUAAGAAGUCGCUUGCAAAAGCUUCCCCAUGUAAUGAAACGUUUGCGUAAUAAGCAUGGUGAUGCUAUGGACCACAACACUGAAGCCAGAAAACACCAAACUUCCUCCGUACCUUGUAAAAAUAAUGAUGGUAAGUUUGCUUCAACCAAACCAACUCAAACCAAGGCAAAUGAUACAAAGCAAGUGAAUCUAAAGACACAAGUUCAGCAGGUUCAGUUUAAUAAAGGGCUUCCUUUAUCUGGUCGUCAACCGACCCCUAUGGAGCUGUUCCUUUAUCAUUCCCAAGCCACAGCAUUCUCUCGUGGACCUGAUGUUAUCUUGUAUGCCCUCGGAACGGCCUGGGAACUACACAAGCAAUAUCUUCAAAAAUGUGGCCUUUUAAGACGAAUGAUUAAAGACAAAGCGAUUACAGAGCAAAGCAACGACUCUGAUUGUGAUAAUGAACUUGAAACAAUGCAGGAAGAAGGUCUUAAUGAAUCCGCUGUUGAUCUACGCGCUGUAAAGAAUGUAGUCGGAGCAACCACAAAACGAGUUGAAGAGACAUCAGCCUUAAAACUAGUUCGAACAACUUCAUUUGGAAGCGCGAUGAUUCUCAAACUCAAGGUGAAAGAUCCGUUGUUGACGAAGCAAGCUUUUGCCUUGGCUCUUGGCUCCCUGUAUGUUGGCGAUGUAAAGAUGGAUGACACGGAUGUUGUAGGAGUUCUCGCCGCUGCCAGUCUUUUGGAAUACGGAGAGCUAAAGAAAAUUUGCGUGGAUAUGAUGCUGAGUGGAAUUUCAGUCUCAACUGUAUGCACGUAUCACAGUGUUGCGACUAAGUACAAACAAAUUUCUGUGAUUGACGCUUGCGAGAGAUGGCUAGAACUAAAUCUAGUGCCACAGCUUUCUGUACAAAUUUACCUAAGUCAUCUUCGACAAGACGUUCUGGAGAAAGUUCUUAUGUCUAAUCGACUCUUUACUUGGAAUGAAUACUAUCUUUACAAAGUUUUGGCUUAUUGGAUAUUUCUUAAUCAGCAUCCGAAUGUUAGAGUAAGUUUGUUAUUCUUGGAACUGUCGUGGUUUAUGAGCCUCCCCAAAUCAAGUGCGUUUUUGGACAGAGUUGAGGGCCAGCGGUAUACAAGUCUGUUGAGGUCGUUGCGUCUGAUUACUAUUACUGAUAGUCUACAUCUUGACGAGAUACAGAAAAUGAACAUCACGCCACAGUCAUGGUUACUGCGCAUGUACAGUCAAAACUAUCAUGCACUUCAAGGUGGCGGUGGCGACAUGUCCUUGUUGACGAAAUUUGACCAAGGUGCCGUGAGAGUCGGCUUCAUUUUGGAUAAGAAGCUUCAAUAUCACUCAAGUCUUUUAUCUCUUCAUGGCUUUCAUUUUGAACUCAAGGCAACGAAAGAAGAAGACGGGAGGCAUGAAUUUUUCUUACAGAGGUUACGUCCACACGAUCCAAUGUCGUUCAAAACUACAGAUCGUCACACCUUCUCCUUGAGACAAGAUCGUGAGGUUCGAUACAAUAUACGGGUGCAAUGGGAAUCAGGGAACACGGUUGAAGUGUACUCGAGUGGUAUAAUGAGUAAAACGUUUGGUUUUAAUGAGAAAACGAACAAGAGUGAGAUUAUUUGUCUACGAGAGUUACCAUUACCUGCCUACGUAAUGUUUUCUGUCAUGUUCCCAGCGUCUUAACUCAAAAAGUACUGGAAACUACCGAAAUGAGACACAGUGGAUUUUUUAAUAGAUAACAUUGUUGUAUUGUAUUUUAAGAUGUAUAAAUUACAUAAUGCAAAUAUUUUUUAACGAAUAUAAUCACCUAUAAGCUA